CAGUUCUGUUAGCAUGCCCAAUGCACUGGCAACAAAUCCGAGAUAAAUGCUUGUAUCUUCAUGAAACUUCCAAACCUUGGAGUGACGGUCUAGCUGACUGUUCCACAAGAGAAUCCAGUCUACUGCUUAUUCAAGAUCAGGAAGAAUUGAGACUCAUACAAAACCUGAUAAACAAAGAAGGAAUUCUGUUUUGGAUUGGAUUAAAUUUUACAUUAUCAGAGAAGAGCUGGAAGUGGAUAAAUGGAUCCUUUUUAAACUCUAAAACAUUACACGUUUUUGGUGAUGCUAAAGAAGACAGCUUCAUUUGCAUAUCAAGUAUGCAAUUUAAUUCUGCUACCUGUGCUGCAGGAAAUAGAUGGAUUUGCCAAAAAGAACUAAAACCUGUCAGAAAUAAAGUCAUAUAUUCUUUCAGUUGA